GCACCCAUGGACGGCCCGGCCAUCAUCACCCAGGUGACCAACCCCAAGGAGGACGAGGGCCGGGUGCCCGGCGCGGGCGAGAAAGCUUCGCAGUGCAACGUCAGCCUGAAGAAGCACCGGAGCCGCAGCCUGCUCAGCUCCUUCUUCUGCUGCUUCCGGGACUACAAUGCGGAGGCCCCGCCGGCCAGCGCCCCCAGCGUGCUGCCGCCCCUGGUGGAGGAGAACGGCGGGCUCCAGAAGGGUGACCAGAGGCAGGUCAUUCCCCUUCCAAGUCCACCAGCUAAAUACCUCCUCCCCGAGGUGACGGUGCUCGACUACGGGAAGAAAUGUGUGGUCAUCGAUCUCGAUGAAACCUUGGUGCACAGCUCCUUUAAGCCUAUUAGUAAUGCUGAUUUUAUUGUUCCGGUUGAAAUCGAUGGGACUAUACAUCAGGUGUACGUGCUGAAGCGGCCACACGUGGACGAGUUCCUGCAGAGGAUGGGGCAGCUGUUCGAGUGUGUGCUCUUCACUGCCAGCCUGGCCAAGUAUGCAGACCCCGUGGCUGACCUCCUAGACCGCUGGGGUGUGUUCCGGGCCCGGCUCUUCAGAGAGUCUUGCGUCUUCCACCGUGGCAACUACGUGAAGGACCUGAGUCGCCUUGGGCGGGAGCUGAGCAAGGUGAUCAUCGUGGACAAUUCCCCUGCCUCGUACAUCUUCCACCCUGAGAAUGCAGUGCCCGUGCAGUCCUGGUUCGAUGACAUGACGGACACCGAGCUGCUGGACCUCAUCCCGUUCUUCGAGGGCCUGAGCCGGGAGGACGACGUGUACAGCAUGCUGCACAGACUCUGCAGCAGGUAGCCCCGGCCCCGGGCCCGCCGGCCUCUGCACCCAGGAUGCUCCGCGCUCCAGACCACGGCUCAAAGUGGCCAUGCCUACCUGUCUGGUUUUUUUCUUUUCUUUUUUUUUUUUUUUUUUUAAGAACAGAAACAACUAUUUUAAAAAAAACUCUUUUAACAGAUUUCAUAAAGGAACAUGCAUUUUACUGGAUUUGCUUUUUCUUAAAACAUACCAAAAAGGGAAAAAAAAUGGAAGAAAAAAAAAAGCUUGCUCCCUCUCUCGGACUUCCUUUGAGCUGUUUCCCCUCCAGCCGCCAGCCCAGCCCCGUCCGCCCGGCUCGAAGCAGCCGCCCGACCAGAUCUCUCCUACAGGAUGAAGUGCCUUUUUGAAUGUUAUUUUAAGCUGAGAGUUGAUUUUUCUACACAACGUGUUUCCAGAUAUCUUUUAGUCUUUUAUUGUCUCAGAGACUCUAAGAUGAAAAUGACAAUUUUCUAGAACCUGGUGGAGAGUGUGCAUGUGUGUGAGUGUGUGUGCGUGUGUGUGCGUGUGCGUGUGUGUGCAUGUGUCACGGGCUGGGGCGGGGCAGGCGAGGAAGGGGGGAGUCACAGGAGCCUGCCUCCCCCAGCCGCGACUCUGCCGGGACAGCGUGUGGCAUGCGGCAGGCCGUGGCGCCCGCAGGCAUGCUGUGGCUGCGUCUCGUCCCCGCUCAUGCUGACUCCGUGUGCAAUGUCCCGCGGCUGUGUGGCUCGCACUUCAGGAAACAGGAGACGCUGCCCGCCAUCAUCUGCGACGGUGACACGUGUGCCCGGAGGUCGCGUUUGCCCUUGACAAGCGCCAUCCUGUCACUUCUGCUUCCACACCACUGCCAUAGACCGUCUGUCGUUGUCGUUGGUAGAGCAGUUACAACAAACCCACAAGCCCUGGGAUGGAUUAACAAAAAGAAAAAAACUGUAUUGAUUUUUUAAAUCUUUCCUUUCCAAAAAGCUGGACACACGGAGCUGUCUGGGGACUCUUUGCUGCUACCGCGCUGCCACCAAAUGGAACUGACCAGCGGCUGUCACACUGUUCUUUGCCACUG